GAGUAUCGCGGGUACCGAUUCAUUCAUUCUUUUUUGCUUUAUUUUAAUGGAAAAACUGAGAAAACCGCUCAGUAAUAUAUUAUUUCAGACUCGCAGUAGGCUCUCUGAGCUAACCCUGGCGUUUGUUUACUGUGACUUUGUGAAGUCGUUGUUUUACGAUGUUUAGCUAACGUAGCGGCCCGGAUUUAAAGUCCGCACACAGCCGCUUAUUAAUUACUGCGAUUUCUCCAACACACUGUCAUUUCACCAGCUCUUGAAAGAAAAAAAAAAAGUAAGAGGAUGGCAUUCCCGGGCCGGCAAAGGAGGAGCGAGAGGGAGACGGCUGAAGGAUGAUUCAGACACACAAGGACUCUUCCCUGCUGAAUGGGAGGAGGGGGAGCGCAGUGUGCCUGUGGACUUGGUGAGACUGGCUGAUAGACUGACAUCACACAAAGACCAAGUAAGUCCUCAUUUCCUUGGGAGAAAACCUUGCAGGAGCUGCUCUGUACUUGGGGACAUUUAAGCUGUUUUGGAAAAAUGCUGCUAAGCUGAGCAGAUUAUGCCAGACUAACCUGCAUGAUGAUGUGAAUCUGGACAUGCAUCAAAUGUAUUGUGGAGUUUUUCAGGAGACAGCAUCCUGAUGGUGGAGAUCUUCUAAGCUAAAAGGAGAAAUCCUGACAGGAGGAGGAGAGGCCAACAAAAUGGCUGCAUACAUUCCAGCGGAGGAGAGACUGAGAGAGCUGACCAAUCAGAGGAAGGAGAAGGCCAAGCAGCUCUGAUAACUGCACACUGAGGCUCAGGGCCCAGUGCUGACUGCUAACACCGCUCAGAGUCGUGCAGCUCUAUCUCAGCCACACCCAGCCUGCUCCUCCAGCUGUCAGCACCACACAGGUAACAGGUAGAUUUCCUGCUGCAACUGAUUCUAACACACUAACUGAAUCUGCUGUGCCUGUUAUACACGUGCAUGUUAAUCAAGGUGACAAUCCAGACUUGUACACCUGUGGGAGAGAUGAGAGGCAGAGUGAACCGGAGAGGACUGUCACAGCCAGUACAACCACUUGGACUCACUCAGCCUACUCAACAGAGGAAUAACCUGCCUAGAGCUUUGGAGAGGAGUCCAGCAGCGGAGCCUCGCAGCUGCCGAUUUUGGGUAAUUCUCUGCCGAUGGGACACUCGGCCACUGGCGGUGCGCACUGCAGCUCCAGCCCGGCCUCUCCUCCUCCUGCCGCCGCCGCGCAGAGUGGCCUAACAGCUGUUGUGGCCCCUCUGUCCGCUGUCACUGCUACCCCAGUCAGCUUCGGGAACACAUUGACUCCCGGCUCCUCACCACCCGUCGUGGCCGUGUCUCCCAGUGUACAUGCCUCCUCUCCUCUCCCCGGUGUUGGGCUAGGAGCAGCAGGAGCGGGCCUAUCGCAAGUCAACGCCACUUCCUGGGACCCAACUCUCAGCAUGGACUGGGACAAGGAGAAGGCUUCCCAGCAGUGCAUCCUGAGGAUAAAGAGACGUUAUUAGUUAUUAUUCUUAUUGAUGAAGGAGGCGGGACACAGAAACCAUGAGGGAGGAGGAGUCCACAAAUACGAGGGGCUUUGUCUUCAUACGGUGUGUCAGAUGAACCUGAACCAUCACAGCUUCUUCUUCUGUGUGUGAAAUUACAACAACUGCUGCCUCGGCUCCUCGUUCCUCGUCUCGUCCUCACCUUCUGUCUCUGCUAACUGAUCAAAAUCCAUCUUCAUGCAGUCUGAUGAUGAAGCAUUGAAUUGUCUGCAGCAGAGUGCAGCACAGAGGCCGCUGAGGUGAUGCUGAACAGUAACCAUGUGUUAGUCGGUGUUCACUGAGCCUGCACUCCUGAUGUUACACUCUGUGAUCACUCCUCUUUCCUCUUCUGUGUCUCGCCCUGCUUUAACCAUCUUUGUCCAUCAGCAUGCUGCAGUUCACAGUCUCAUGACACUUUUCUCAAAUGCAGCCGGUGGUGCAGAACGAUCAGCACUGAGCUUUCAGGUGGCUCUGGAGGCAGAGCGGGUCAUCUAUUAACUGGAAAGUCUGAUGUUCAAUCCCCGGCUCCUCCAGUCUCCACGAGACAGUGAAGAAAUCAGCUGUGAUAAAAGCUGAUGGAGGAACACAGUCAGUCAGUUCAGAGCAAACCCACAGUGACCACAUCCUGACUCCAAGGAAACUCUGAAUGGUCUGACUCACCUCUCAGCCUCACCAACAGCACAAGGUUAACAGGAAGCUUUGAACGCAGGACAACAAUCCCAGGAACACACAGGACCACAGCUUUGCAGGGACCUGCUCCUCCCUGCUCUGGGUUUGAUUUCCUGAUCACGUCAGCCUCCUUCUGUGACAGCGGUUCCCUCCGUGCUUCAGUUAAACACUGAAAUGUUGUGCAGAAGGUCAGCAAGAAGAAGCAGAGCCUGAUUCUCCAUCAGAGCUAGCGGUCUGUCUCCAAGCUGAGAUUCAGCACUCGCUUCAAGCAGAGACACAGUGGAGCGACCUGCAGCAGGGGUCACACAAUCAGCCCCCCCCUUCCUGCUGGCAGCAAUAAGCUGAGGACAGCGCUGAUGAUCAGAGCAGAGAGAGCCCAGCUGGACAUGGAUCACCUGCUGCUGUUGGUGCUGCUGUGGAGCUCAGGAGUCCAGGCUGAAGGACAACACGGUUCUACAGAUCGUGUCAGGUUGGUGGGAGGAGCCGGUCACUGUGCAGGUACACUGGAGCUCAAACAUCUGGGAGAAUGGAGACCAGUGGAGGGCCAUCUGUGGACCCUGAAAGAAGCAGCUGUUAUCUGUGAACAUCUGGACUGUGGCUCUGCUGUUUCUGUGGAAUGGAGAUAUGAGUCCUCAGACAGAUCUACGUGGAUCAUGACUCCUAGAUGUUUUCAGACUGGAUCUGAUCUGAGGGAUUGUGUUGUAUCAGACUCUUCUUCUGUCAGUGUGAAUCUCACCUGUGCAGACUCUGUCAGGCUGCUGAAUGGUUCCAGUCUGUGUUCAGGCAGACUGGAGGUGAAGUCUAACCAGAGCUGGUCCUCAGUGUGUGAAGCUGACUUUGACCAGCAGGAUGCAGAGGUGGUCUGUAGGGAGCUUGGCUGUGGGCCUCCUUCGGUCCUCCAGGGGGCGCUCUAUGGAGAAGUGGAGGCUCCGGUGUGGAGCAGAGAGUUCCAGUGUGGAGGCCAUGAGUCUGCUCUCCUGGACUGUAGAAGCUCAGGCUCAGCUAGAACCAGCUGCUCACCUGGCAAAGCUGUUGGACUCACCUGCUCAGAGCCUGAUGAUUUUAGGUUGGUGGGAGGAGUCGGUCGCUGUGAAGGCAGAAUCGAGCUGAAGCAUCUGGGAGAGUGGAGACCAAUGUAUGACUUUGGCUUGACCUUGAAAGAUGCAGCUGUUGUCUGUGAACAUCUGGAUUGUGGCUCUGCUGUUUCUGUAGAAAAGAGCACAUCGUUCAGAUCUGGGUGGGAGAUCAGCUUUGACUGUGUUCACUCCACAUCUGCUCUGAGGGAGUGUGCAGCAUCAAGUUACUAUGAACCCAUCUUGAAUCUUACCUGCUCAGACUCUGUCAGGCUGCUGAAUGGUUCCAGUCUGUGUUCAGGCAGACUGGAGGUGAAGUCUAACCAGAGCUGGUCCUCAGUUUGUGAAGCUGACUUUGACCAGCAGGAUGCAGAGGUGGUCUGUAGGGAGCUUGGCUGUGGGCCUCCUUCGGUCCUCCAGGGGGCGCUCUAUGGAGAAGUGGAGGCUCCGGUGUGGAGCAGAGAGUUCCAGUGUGGAGGCCAUGAGUCUGCUCUCCUGGACUGUAGAAGCUCAGGCUCAGCUAGAACCAGCUGCUCACCUGGCAAAGCUGUUGGACUCACCUGCUCAGAGUCUGAUGAUGUCAGGUUGGUGGGAGGAGCCAGCCGAUGUGUGGGGAUGAUGGAGCUGAAACAUCUGGGAGAGUGGAGACCAGUGAGUGCCUUUAGCUGGACCCUGAAAGAUGCAGCUGUUGUCUGUGAACAUCUGGACUGUGGCUCUGCUGUUUCUGUUAAUUGGAGAUUUGAGUCUUUAAAGAGAGCUGCAUGGAGGAUCAAGUAUGACUGUGUUCACUUCAGAUCUGCACUGAGGGAGUGUACAGCAUCAAGUUAUCAUACCUUCAUCCUAAAUAUCACCUGCUCAGACCUGCUGGUUCAGCCAAACAUCUCUGUGUUCUUCAUGGAUGGGGUUUCCAAGGCCCAGCAGCAGGGGCUUCAGGUAUCCAGGAGCUCCAACUUCACCAUCAGCUGCUCCAUCCAGCCACAGUACCCAGGAGGCUCCUUCCAGCUCACCUUCACCUCCUCCAACAUAGCAAUCAACUACAGCCAGCCAGCUGUCAAUCACUCUGCCCACUUCCUGUUUCCUACUGCAGAGCCCGCCCACCAAGGAAACUACAGCUGUGUUUAUCACGUCCAUGUUUUUUCUCAUAACUUCUCCUCUGAGAGCCGCCUGCUGUCUGUCACUGUCUCAGAUCCAUCAGAUCCAACAGUUCACACCAUCACAGCAGUCGUCCUCCUGCUGAUCCUGCUCUUUGUGAUCGCUGCCCUUUAUUUCUACUGUAAGGCCAGCAGGGGGCAGCAGCUGAGCAGAAAGGAGAACACUGAGCUGGUUUACUGAAACUUCAGUAAUGAUGGAGCGGUGAGCAGAGGAGGAUCUCAGAGGACAUCACUUCUCAUCCAAAUGAAUUUCUCUGUGACCUGAUGUCAGCUAACAGCUGUAAACUCACCUCACUGAUGUUUGAUUUGAACCUGACAGGAAAGCACCAACAAACAUUAACCAAUCAGGGCGUCUGGAUCAUUUCACAUUUCAACCCUGGUAAAGUUAUGCUGCUAUUAAACUAAGUAAUCAUGUUAAAUUUGAUAUUGUUAUAUCAUUGCAUCACAUUUGGUAACAUGCAACAGUUUUAGAUCAUAUCCAGAGUUAAUUUACUGG